AGUUGAUACUCGUGCCGGUAGAUUCACACAAUUUCGGCCGAGAGCUCCGGCGUACGCGCACGUGCGAAUAAAUAUUAACAAGUCGCGAAUUCGUAUUUCACGGCACCGAUCGAUAUCACUGCCGAAAACGAUAAAGAUGUUCAAAUCAGUGGCGGCGGUCGCGGCAUUAUCUUCAGUCGCAAUUGGUGUUGCUAUAUACGUCCAAAUAUUAACGGCAAUACCGGAGUUGCCGGAAUUGGACAACCAAAGAUGGUGGGGCGACGGAGAGACGCCGAAACAGGAUGAUCUGUCGAUACGGCCUUUCAAGAUCGAAUUUAACGACACGAUGAUAGCCGAUUUGAGAUUUAGGCUGAGAAACCGACGGCCUUUACGACCGCCAAUGGAGGGAAUACAAUCACAAUACGGCAUCAACACGUUAUAUCUGGAGAAAAUACUAAAGUACUGGCAGGAAGAAUACAAGUUUAAGGAGAGAGCUGAUCGUUUAAAUAAAUUACCGCAUUUUAAAACGAGAAUACAGGGUCUUGACAUACAUUACAUUCGAGUGAAACCGUCGGCAAAGAAGGUAUUGCCAUUGUUGAUGCUUCACGGUUGGCCCAGUUCAUCAAAGGAGUUCGAUCAGGUCAUACCGAUGCUCACAAAACAAAGGGAUGAACAUGAUUUUGUAUUCGACGUUAUUGCGGCUGAUUUGCCUGGAUUUGGCUUUUCUCAGGGUACAAACAAACCUGGCCUUAACCCGUUACAAAUUGCUGUGGUUAUGAAGAACCUUAUGAAGCGACUUGGAUUCAAUCAGUUUUACAUCCAGGCUGGUGAUUGGGGCUCCCAGGUUGCAACACACAUGUCUACAUUGUAUCCAGAUGAUAUCUUGGGAUUCCACACAAACAUGCCCGUAUCUUCUCGUCCUAUAAGCUACCUGAAACAAUUUGUGGGCGCACUACUGCCCAGCCUCGCAGUGGAACACAAGUACAGGGACAGAAUGUAUCCAUUGAAGAAAGUGUUCGACUACUUGCUGAGAGAGAGCGGAUACUUUCACCUACAAGCUACCAAACCAGAUACAAUCGGAGUGCCUCUAACUGAUAGUCCGGCCGGCUUGGCGGGUUAUGCUUUAGAGAAGAUGGGAGUCUGCAGCAACCGCGACCAACUGGAUACCCCACACGGGGGUUUGGAUAGUCUCAACUUGGACGAUUUGAUGGACACACUAACUAUCGUGUGGGUGAACGACUGUAUCGUCACGUCUAUGAGACUCUACGCUGAAGCGUUCGCUUGGUCUGAAGUUUUCGUUGUACAUAAUAUACCAACGCCAGUGCCUACAGCCGUAGUGAACUUUAAGCAUGAAGUGGUUUACCAACCAGAUUGGAUACUGCGAGAUAAAUUCAUUAAUAUAGUGAGAUCAACAACGUUUGAUUUCGGUGGUCAUUUCGCAGCUAUGCACACGCCAGACGUUUUAGCUGACGAUGUUUUUAAAUCAGUUGAAGAGUUCGUUAAAUUCCACAACAGGAAUAAAUAAGGAAGUAAACAACGGUUACUACAAUAUCUAGAAGAUUAAACUGCAAUUAUUCAAGAAAUAGUAUCAUAGGUGCCUAUAAUAAUUAUCUUUCAUAUUACUGGCGCUUUUGAUACUUGUAAGAACAAACGUGGAUCAAAGUCUUUUUGAAUAGUGAAAACAGCACUAGGUGAAAUCCAGAGAUCUUUUAAAUCUUAAUUUUUGUUGUGUCUACCUACCAUUACAUAGUUGGAAAAUAUGCAAGUAUCUACCUGCUGAGCAUUGAUAGGACAACUUUAUUUUCGGAUACUAACAUUCUAAAUUAUUUACUUUUCAAUUGUGGUCACUAAUAUCCCAGUAAAAUGUGUUAAAGCGAGUAUUUUCGAUAAAAUUGUAAUAUGCAAAUACAAGAAUAGGUAAGUAAUUAAAUGUUAUUGUCAUUAAAUAAAAAUUUUACGCUAUCAUAAUAAUAUGAUAUAGGUACUUAGGCAUUUUGCAUUUAAUAAAAAUAUCCAAGUCCGGCAUUAUUAAGGAUAUUGUAAUAAAAUGCCAAUUGAUCUCUUUUUAUAUUUCAUUUUAAUUUUGCUCUUUGGGUAUAAAUAAUAAUUAUUUGAAUUGUUGAAGUUCGAGUAGUAUUAUAAAUAAAGGUUUCUUUAGAUA